AUGCAUGAUCCUAGAAAACCUCAUGUGAUAGCUGCUAAGAGGAUUUUUAGGUAUCUCAAAGGCACAUUGGAUUAUGGCCUGUUAUUUCAUAAUGGUACAAAUGGAGAAGGGUGUGCCUUGGUAGGAUAUUCUGAUAGUGAUUGGUGUGGUGACAUAACUGAUAGAAGGAGCACAUCUGAUUAUGUGUUCAAAGUCAACAAUGCUGCAAUAUCAUGGUGCACAAAGAAACAACUAGUGACUGCACUAUCAUCUUAUGAAGCUGAGUAUAUUGAAGGGACUUUUGCAACAUGUCAAGCAAUGUGGCUGAAUUCAGUGAUGAAAGAGAGACAGAAAAUGAAGAUGUUAUCAUCUUUGAAAUUUAUUCUUACAAUCUUGUCUAUUGUUGUUUUGCUUUCCAAUUUGUCUCAAGCUCAAGGUUUGCUAUUUCUCUUCUUUUAUACACAUCUUAAAAAGAAAUCAUCACUUCGAGGUGACUUGUUAGCCGGUUCUAGGCCUCCUGCUCCAAUACAGAUAGGAGAAGAAUAUCAUAUUUCAUUCAAGAGGUCUCAAAAUUCUUCAAGUUUUCCGAAACGAGCAUCAUUUCCAUCUGAUUUUCUUUUUGGUGUUGGAUCUUCUUCCUUACAGAUUGAAGGAGAUUCUCUAGAAGGAGGAGGUGGAAAGGGAGUAUGGGAAGAUAUAGUUGAACGACACAAAGAAAGGUUUGUGGAUGCUGAUAAAGUUUCCACAAUGAUCGAACAUUACAAAAGAUACAAGGAGGAUGUGAAACAUUUGAAAUAUCUUGGAGUGAAUUCUUACGGAAUGUCCAUUUCAUGGAGUAGAAUUUUGCCCGAUGGAACCUUGAAAGGAGGUAUAAACAAAGAAGGUAUCAACUUUUACAACAAUUUGAUCAAUGAGUUACUUGCAAAUGGUAUUGAGCCUUUUGUAACUAUUGUGCACUUUGACUAUCCCGUAGCCAUUCAACAAAAGAUCGGUGGCUUCUUAAAUCACACUAUUGUGAAAUACUACAAAGAUUAUUGUAAUCUACUAUUCAAAACAUAUGGAGAUAGAGUAAAACAUUGGACAACAACAAAUGAACCACAAGUCGUAGCUAUCUACAAAUACAUGCAUGGUUAUGAUAAUGAUGCUGCUGAACCAUGCCAAGAUACAAAAAUAUGUUCACAAGCAUAUACAGUCCUUCAUAACUUCCUCAUUUGCCAUGCUACUGCAACACAUUUAUAUAGACAAAAAUUUCAAGAAACACAAAGGGGAGAUAUUGGAAUUGUUAUAUCAUAUCAAGGUUUUGUUCCCUAUAGUUCAAAUCCACAGGAUGUGGCGGCUGCUCAAAGACUAAUAGAUUUUUGGUUGGGAUGGAUUUUAGAGCCAUUGUUUUAUGGAGAUUACCCACAAAUUAUGAGAAAAUUAGUGGGGCAUAGGUUGCCCAAAUUCACUAAAAAGGAGAAACAUAUGAUCAAAGGAAGUGCAGAUUUUAUCGGAAUAAACUAUUAUACAUCUCAAUUUGCCAGAUACGAACCAAAUAGAACAAAAAUUAAUGGUCUUGACAAUUUUGAUGCCUUAGCUACUACAUCAGAAGAAUUUAAUAUUGAAGGAGAACCCCUUGGUCACAAGGAUCAAUACAGUGGACGUUAUGUCUAUCCCAAAGGAUUGUAUGAUGUUUUAAUAUUUAUAAAGGAAAAGUACAAAAAUCCUAAUAUCUACAUCACUGAAAAUGGUACUCCUUCUUCCAACAAUCCAAAUCCAUUGAAGGACGAACACCGAAUUGCUUAUAUUACAGAACAUAUAAACGCUACUAAAGCAGCAAUCGACAACGGUGUAAAAGUUCGUGGUUACUUCGUCUGGACAGCUUUCGAUACCUUUGAAUUUGAAGCGGGCUAUUCUGGACAUUGGGGACUUUAUCAUAUUGAUUUUAAUAAUAGUCUGAAGCGUAUACCAAAGGCUUCUGCUGAAUGGUAUAGAAAUUUUUUGAAAUCGAAUGGUGGACACUACAACACUAUUGAGCUUGGUUUUAACCAAAAAGGAUGUCAUUUGAGCAAAACAUAG